UAUGCAAUCUAACAAAAAGGACUUGGCUUUCAAGAAAUUAUUAGAAUUUUAAUAUCCUGAAUUAUUUAAGAAGGCUAUGACAUUUAAAUAAUAUCAACAGGAAUAUAUGUCAAGGAAUAAAGAUAAUCCUUUAAAAUAUGGUAAUAAUGAAAAUUUGAUUGAAUGGGGUUCCGACCUAAUUGAUUUUUAUUUUAAUGAUUUCUUUACAUUUCAAGAGUAUGUCUUACUGAAUUUAUAUAUAUUAUAGUCUACCCAAUAAAGAUCAUAAAACAUUUACAUCCUACUCUGAUAUUAGAAAAUAAAAACAAUUAAUAUUGUCUGAAAAGAAUUUAGCUGAUGCUGCUGUCUAAUUAGGAUUAAAGGAUGAGAUGCUUGUUUCUAUCAACGUCAACUCUGAUUUGAAGUAAUCUUUAUCUUUGAUUUUUAUAGAAAUAACCCUAAGAUACAGUCUCAAGCCAUUAAAGCUCUUAUUGGAGCUUAAUAUUUUGAUAAAAAAAAGGAUUUAAAUCUUCUAAGAAAGCUGUUGAUAACUCUUUAUUAAGAUUUAAUAAAAAAAUAGCUUGUAAAAACUAAUCUAUAUAAAGGAUGAAUCAUUAAGUUUACCAAAAUAAGACAAUUUUAAGGGAGAGUUCAAAGAAUUUAUGGAUAAACAUCCAGAAUAUAUAUAUAAGUUAAACUUUUAAGAACUUAAAAAUAAAUUUGAUUAAAAUCAGCCAAUUUAUGAAUAUGAACUUGUAAUUAAUGAUGUUUUACCUAUAAAAAGAAAUGGGGAAUAAAAAAAGGCAGUAGAAAAAUAGGUAUUUAAGGAUGCAUUGUAACUUUUAAAAACUGAUUAAUUUAAAUAACUAUUAGAAGAUAGCAUCAAAAAUUCUUCUGUGAUUAUUUAACAAUCAGGAAUAAGUGAAUCUAAAAUAGAAAGUUAAAUACACAAUAAUUUAUAAUUCGUUCAUUAAUUAGGGCAAUUGGAAAAGAGCUUGUAAUAAAAUGAGAAAAUUAAUGAAAAAGAAGAUUUUGGAAGAUUAGUUGAAUCUUUCUUAAUAAAGUUUUGAA